UAAAUCUAUCGGUAAAACAGCACAGGAUCGUCUCAAAUUACUUCUUCCCGUUCGUAUCUCGUUCGUUGAGUCACGUCACACAAAUCUGGAAGAAAAGUUCAUCAAACAUGUCACUCUCUUUUGGUAUGUGCGAAACCCCUGGCUGCAAAACUAUGACCAACCUGCAAUGUCCAACAUGUUUGAAAAUUGGAAUACAGGGCUCGUAUUUCUGCACCCAGGAUUGUUUCAAACGUUACUGGAAAACACAUAAAGUUAUUCAUCAAUUAGCGAAGGGAACAUGUGGAGAUGAAUCUGCUAAUGAAUAUAAUCCGUGGCCUUCUUUUCAUUAUACUGGAAAAUUACGUCCUUAUAAAAGGGAACCUCGUCGAGAAGUACCUGAGCAUAUACAACGUCCAGAUUAUGCUAUAGAUCCUAGUGGUGUCCCUGUAAGUGAACAGGCAGUACGAGGUUCUGCUCAGAUAAAAGUGCUCGAUGAUGAAGAAAUUGAAAGCAUGCGAGUAGCUUGUAAGCUUGGUCGUGAAGUGUUGGAUGAAGCUGCACGUACAUGUGAUGUAGGCGUUACAACAGCUGAGAUUGAUAAAGCAGUUCACGAGGCCUGCAUCGAAAGAGACUGUUAUCCGUCUCCACUGAAUUAUUAUCAGUUUCCAGCUAGUUGUUGCACUUCCGUGAAUGAAGUAAUUUGCCAUGGAAUUCCUGAUACUAGACCACUUCUAGAUGGAGACAUUUGCAAUGUUGAUGUAACUGUAUACCAUAAUGGCUUUCACGGUGACUUAAACGAAACAUUUCUAGUCGGUAAUGUGAAACCCGAAGUACGAAAGUUGGUAGAAGUGGCAUAUGAAUGUUUAUCAAAAGCUAUUGACAUUGUACGACCCGGUGAAAAAUACAGAGAAAUCGGGAAUAUAAUUCAAAAACACGCACAGGCGCAUGGAUUCAGCGUAGUGCGUAGUUAUUGCGGACAUGGAAUUCAUCGUUUGUUUCAUACUGCGCCUAAUGUACCUCACUACGCUAAGAAUAAAGCUGUAGGCGUUAUGAAGCCGGGGCAUUGUUUUACUAUAGAACCGAUGAUAUCUCAGGGCACACGAAGAGAUGAAAUGUGGCCAGAUAAUUGGACAGCAGUUACUGCCGAUGGUCAAUGGUCAGCGCAAUUCGAGCAAACGUUGUUAGUCACAGAGACUGGUUGUGAUAUUCUAACAAAACGACUGACAAAUAACGGCAAACCAUGGUUUAUGGACUGAUCAUAGUAGCAUUUCUUUAUGAAUUACUGUCAGUUUGUGACAUCAUUUAAAAUUUCGUGAAUGUGUAAACGAUGUACUACUUAAGUACCCUUGUUUUUCUUUGACCGAGAUUUGUUUUUUCAAGAUUCAACUUUCCUAAUUCAAAAGCACUAUAGCAAUAUUAAAUAUUCAAAUUGUGUCCUGUAAAAGAUUUUUUACAAAAUAGCCAUUCUCUUGACUAAUUUUGUAAAGUACGAGAAACAACUAAGUAAAUCGAUCCUUGAAAGAUAGAAUCUCGUUAGGUCUUUUGUUUUGAACCCAGAAUGACUCCUGUACCUCAUAGAUCAGGAAAGGAAGGCCAAGUAGAGACUCGCACCUUCCCCCAUUCGUCAAUGUUCCUUGCGCUGUGCCAGCAGGCGUAGGUACGUUUUUGUUUAUGUCAUUUUACACCAAACGAUUCCAACCGAGACAUUACGGGUGUGCAAGUAGCCCGAUACAUCUCGACACUCGUAUCGAAUGGUCCAAAAACAGUUCGAUUGGUCGAGAUAUAUCGAGCUCUAUUCAAAUCCAUUGCUUUCCUGAUACUCCGAAUUUAUAGGGUAUAGCUAAAUAAGGGGGUCAAAUAUACCUUUGACCCAAAUUUGACAUACAAUGGAUCCAUCGAUAGAGCAUCAGAAAAAAAACAUUCUGUGCCAAAUUUCAACCCUCUAUCUUAUUUGGAAGGGUAGUUACAAGGAAAAUUCGGGUUAGCGAAUUUGUGCCUAUUUCCCCUAUUUAAUCAAGUACGAAAAUUAUAAAAAAAAAUCUGGUGCAUUGUGGUUAUUGAGAUACGUGUUUGAGAAUUUUUUCCGAUUUUUUGAUUCCAAAUUCUAGGUGUGCAAAAUUAAAAACGCAGAAAAAUACCGAUUACUUUUUAUUUAAAAAACCACAAAAUUUUAUGUAUCGAUCGUCUUAUAAUAUUACUGUUUAGUAUACAUUUAUAGUAUUUAAAGAAACAUUUUUGAGUUUAGGAUUUCUUUAUUUUAUAAUAUUCAUUGUAUAGCGGUGUUUUGUUUAUAUUCACAUUUAAACAAAAAUUGCAUCAGAUUUUAAUGUUUCCAUAUAUGGUAUUAAGAAUAUGGUAGAUCGAUUAAAGAAAUAUUGGAACUGCAGAAAAUUUAUCACGAUCGAGACAAUCGCGAAAGACUAUAGUACAAUAGAAUUUACAUUAUAUGUAAAGAGGUGUUAAAAAAUCGUUUCCUUCGAAACGAUUGAAAUGAGAAUUGCUACUUCCUCUCGAAGAAACUCAAAUUGAUGCAAGAAUUUUAUGGACAGGUAGCCAGAAAGUAGCCAAAUAUUAGCAAAAUUAAUACACGAAACCUUUGAAGGCACAUUGGUUGGAGAAGGAUAUAAAUAUUUUGCAAAAAAACUUUCAAGGAUUUGCUAGGAUAUACUUGAGAGUCACAUAUAAAAUAUUAAAUUAUGAGGAAUCUGGGAAAUGACAUGAGGCCUUCCAAU